GGUGCGAUCCACAGGGUGCUUGCUGAGCUUUUCCGUAUUCACAGCGAUUCAUAAUGCAAUUAUACUUAUGUAAUUAAUUUUAGCAUAAUACUCAUCGCAAUAUGUUACAGGUGCACUUUUUAAAUUAAAAGAAACACAAAUUAAUGUUUACAUAAUGUAUAUUACUAUUUUUGUGUUUAUAAAUUUCAUUCGGGACGAAAGAAAUGAUUUGCUGGGGCGACUCACUGUCACUCUCACUUGCUACCAUGGAUACCACCUCUGCUGAUAGGCGCAGCCCUAAUGCGCGCACCCGUUUGAAGAGGCACGAAAGCUAGUGCAAUUAUGGCAGAGAUGGAACAGUCCGAAUUCUCAGAACCUGCAUAUAGAGUCAGCAGAUUAAAAAAAGGAAGACAGUAUUUGAAAAGGCUAUGAACAAAAAGUCUUUGGAUAAAUCAAGAAAUCAAACGAGAGUCAAUAUCGGCAUGGCUUUCCAGCGAUGGCGACAACUGAGGGAUCUCAAGGGGCUGAAAAGUGACUCCAUGAUGGCUUUAUUUCUGCUGGACAGUUACGAGAAAACUGCUAAAUCCACCCCUUUGGUGCUUGGAUUCAUAAGACCACCACCACCUGCAGCUGUUUCGACUAAUUUGUCCGACCGCAAAGAGCAGGAGAUCAAGUCGGAGGGUUUUGGUCCUUGGAGCUCAGUUUCACUUAAACUUGAGCAAGCGCAAGAAGAUAGUGAUGGAAAUGAUUCAUCAUCUUUAAAUCUGGACAUAAUACAAGUGAAGCAGGAAGUCCCAGUACAAGUGAAGCAGGAAGUCCCGGUACAGGUGAAGCAAGAAGUCCCGGUACAGGUGAAGCAAGAAGUCCCGGUACAGGUGAAGCAGGAAGUCCCGAUACAGGUGAAGCAAGAACUCCCGAUACAGGUGAAGCAAGAAGUCCCGGUACAGGUGAAGCAAGAACUCCCGAUACAGGUGAAGCAAGAAGUCCCGGUACAGGUGAAGCAGGAAGACCAAGUACAGUUGAAGCUGGGAGUUCCGGUACAAGUGAAGCAGGAAGACCAAGUACAGUUGAAGCUGGAAGUCCCAGUACAGGUGAAGCAGGAAGACCUAGACGAGUCAGAGUUUUGGUGCAUGCAGCAAGAUCCAGAGAUGUCUGGGGGUGUAGAUGCUAGUCACCCAGUUCCACUUACUUUCAACAAACUCAAAGAAGAAACUGAUCGUUACUGUGGAAAUGUGGAAUUGUUACCUUCGGAGGAUCCUGUACAAACUCUCAAAAGUGAAGAUUUGAAGACUGAGGAGGCCAUUGAGGAACAGAGCAUGGACCGGAAGGAUCCCAAAGUCUGUUCUAAUAGCAUCUCAAACCAGACUGCCCACAUGCAGACAAAUCAAGUGUCUUCUACCACACCUCAACCUGUCGGCACAGUUUCUGAACUGGCCAUGAAGGGUCAAUGUGAAAAUUGUCUAAUUCUUGCCAAAGUCAGAGAUGAACUCCAAAUACAGAUUGCAGUUCUUCAAAACCGAAUUCGAGCCAUUAUUUGUACAAAAGUCUCCCAGCACUCAGUCUACUCUCCACAUUGUGAUCUUGAUUAUGAGAAACUUCUCAAAGGCUUCCACAAGAAUUGCUUGAGUAAAAAUCCACUAUGUAAGGCGAGAGAAAACACUACAGAGAAGGUCAAUCAUGUGAGAGAUUUCAUUCUCUACAUGACAAAAGGUUAUACUCCAAUCAAAACAUUACUUUUUUUGGACAACAUGGAGCGGAUCGAUGAGUGGGUGGUGACCCUUCAGAAUGGUAACAUGAAUGUCAGACACUACUUACUGGAUGUAUUGGCCUUCCUGAAGUUUUUAAACCGAACAAGUCGUCCAGUCGGUCAUCUCACACGACAUUCAAGGAAUCACAUUUCAAGACACCUGAGACAAAAGCUAAAAAACAUUGACACGCACAAAAAACCCCACAAAUGGACUCUCAAGGACUCUGGAAACAAUCCUUCUGCACCGAAGCGACGUGUAAACAAGAACACUUCUUGAGUGCAGGGCUGUGCCCUCACUGCGGGUGAUGCUGACAUGUCCACAUGUAACAUAAAAUGUUUUAAUUUUAUAUACAAAGUACUGUACAUUUGAUUUAAAAGUUCUUGCAUUCAAUUGCUGAUUAUUGCUGUCUAGAUUUUAUUUUUUGGAGGAGAAAUCAUUGAUCAUGCGGUAAAUUAAUUAAACUUUGCACAUGGUUUCUCA